AUGGCUACAACAAAGAAUCUUCUGCUUUGUGCUUGUGCUGAUGAGCUUCACGGCUCUAAUGGGAUCUGGUUGCUCGGCAAAAUCUACAAAGUCGGAGACUCCGAUGGAUGGACCACGAAGGACGACACCUAUUAUGCUUGGGCUGAGCAUAAGGAAUUCCACGUGGGCGAUUCUCUGAUCUUCAAAUACGACCGCAACGUCAGCGACGUCACUCAAGUCUCCGAUGCUCAGGAAUACGAAUUCUGCAACUCUUCUUCUCCUAAGGCCGUCUACAACACAGGACACGAUAUCGUGACUCUCACGGAACCAGGCUCUCACUACUUCAUAAGCUCAAAUCAUUCUCAAUGCGUUACCGGACAGAGACUCCACGUCGGUGAUUCCAACGAAUGGAGUGUUCCUGAAGAGAGUGACUUCUAUUACAAGUGGAGUGAGGAGAAACAGUUUCAUGUGGGAGACAAUCUUCUUUUCUACUACAACGACCAAGUCAACGACGUCUUAGAAGUCAGCAGUGAUCUUGAGUUUAUAUCUUGCGACUCAUCUUCUCCUGUUGCCAUGCACAAUACGGGACAAGAUCUCAUUAAGCUCACAAAACCAGGAAUCCAAUAUUUCAUAAGCUCAAAGACUGGUCAAUGUGAGGCUGGGCUUAAGCUUCGAGUGGUGGUGCGGCCACUAUUCAGAGCUCUUCCGAGGACUAGGAGGAUGAGGUCGUCACCUUUGGACCGCUUCUUCAAGUGGUUACACAGAUUCAGACCCCAACCCCAUCACUAA